AUGCGGCCUGAGGACCUGGAGGCCAGGAUCCAGAAGGUUAAACCAGCUCCCCACCCCCCAGCCCACAUGUGGCGGUACAGAUCUGGACACGAGUGGGAGGGGCCCACGGGCGGUCCAGUCCUGGUCCUGUCACUGGGCUCACUGAGUGGCUUUGGAAGCCAAACCGCAGCCUUGAGCAAUCCUGCGCGCCCACCCGGCGCCUGGGAAGCCUCGCGACCGCCACGACCCGACCCGCGGCCAGGCCCCCGCCCCACGACCGCCAGAGCCCAGCCCAGCCGGGGGUCGCGCCCGCCUCGACGUGCCUCGCGCGCCCCAAACCCAUCCGAAGGUUGCGCUUCUCCCCUUCCCGCGGCCAGCCACGGUCCCGAGCCCGCCUCCAGCCCAGCUCAACGCGCGGGUGACGCCAGCCCGAACAUUCCUCGCCGGGCCUCCGGCUUAGCCGGGGUCGCGCCCCGCUUCGACGUACCUCGACCGCCCCUAGACCACCCGGAGGCCGCGUCCCGCCCAGCGCCCGCCCCGGGCCCACCCCACCCGGGAGUCGCCGCCCGCCCCGCCAGCCCACGCAGGCCUCCUCGGGGCCGCGAGGACGGGGCGCAGCGGGGCGCGCGGGCCAGGGCUGUGCCGGGGUGGCCGAGGACACUGGGCGGAGCGGCGGGCUCGGACUGCCAAGGCUGCAAACGCCAGCGCGACCGCAGCCCGAGGGCGACGCUGCAAAUAGUCGCGGUUUCCACCCCGUGCCCGACCGCCCUCCCGACCAUCCGGACCUUUGGGGCUUGCUCUCCCUUCUUUCAGCCGCCCUCUCCGCCCUGCCUCAAGGGCCCCGCUGUUCGCCCACCACAUCCUGUCCCACGCAGGCAGGCGGGGAGCCCGAGCCAGGCGCAGGAGACCAGCGCCGAGGUCCAGGCUGCGGAGGUCUAA